CUCGCCUUUCCCUUAGAAGGCUGGAGCACGUUUACUUCAUGCUGGCCGAACCGCUCACCCUCGAAAACUACAAGUCACAGUUUGACGAGGAGGACCCUUUCGACGCUGAAGACACGGAGGAGCUGAGCGACUCCGAAACCUUCGAUUUCGAGUCCAUGCCACUUCCUCGGGUGGUUGGACAGGUUGGUGAUGAAGAGGAAGGUGGCCCUCGGAGAUAUAGCACGUCCCCUGCCGGUUUGAAGCGUGUAUUUCGGGCCGAACCAGUCGACGACCAAUCGUCUGAUGACGGGGACGAAGCGAGAGACUAUGAUCACGAACCUUGUGACAGGCUCCCUGAGGACCACGACACCAGACUCUACUUCUUCGGCAAGCAUCACCAGUUCACGGCGAAGGAUGUCUGGGGACACAACGUCGUCUGGCACCCAAGGAUAUUCCAACUUGCUGUGAAGAAUGGAAUGUGGGUCAUGGCAAUGAAGGAGGCCGAUGGCAAGUGGAGUGGACUGCAGAGACUGGGAGCGGGUGCAUUUAAGAGAACGGCGAGACAUGCUCUGGUGGAGCAUUUGAGCCUUAUGAACCCUGAGAGGAACGAUCCGGACGUCGCUGCGUAUGCAAAACAAAAGCUAAAUGAGUUGUACGCAAACAACAUGUUGGAGUUUCGAGCGCCUUUCUACACACUCGAAACGGCACCGUCUCGUGGCAUUGACUGGCGCAUGCAGCAACCUCCGUCUGGCGGUCAGCAUCCGGAAGGGGGUGGAGGAGGAGACGAAGGAGACGGCGGAGGUGGCGGAGGAGACGGCUCACAGUUUGCCGGAAAGGGGACGGGCGAGACAUCGUCGGUAGAGAAGGCGUCCAGCGGAAAGGGGUCAGGCGGAAAGGACUCUGGCGGAAAGGGGUCGGGCGAGAAGGGGUCGGGCGGGAAGGGGUCGGGCGGAAAGCGCAGAACGUCCGGGAGUCCCCAGUAUAUGGAAACUGACCCCCACUGCGUAGGGAGUCGAGAUUUCGACAUGCGUGACGAGGCCACCCUGAGGUCUGAUCAAGUGCGAGUAGAUUCGCACUUGUCUGCGAGGACUUUGUUUCCCGUUGCCGAGGAGAGUCCAUCCCGCCGUGCGCAGCAGAGGUCUCCUGUGCUCAACACCUUGCUCCUGAAAGAGGGCGCGUCUUCGUUUUGCCUGGAGGGCGGGAUGCCUGCAUUGCGAAGGAGCGAAGGUGCAACCUUCGGUUCCCUUGGCUCGGGCGACCGCCACAAACUCCGAAUACAUUCGGAUUUGCUGACGUCACCCUCCGCCAUAAGUGUUCCUCACGCAACAGUUUCGCGGGGCCAAGAAAAUGUGACGUCCUGCCCCCCGCAUCUUCAGUUGGACACAUGGUUACCCUGCUCGCCUCCGUUCUCAUGUGUUGAGACUCGAGACUGGCGGUCUUGCGACUUGCUGGAGGGGCCCGGUGCAGGAGUGUUGGAGACCGGGGGUGGCGAGUACGAACGUCAUACUCCUCGGGAAGAGGAGCGCUCUCCGGGAACGCAUACUGUACAUCGGGAGGAGGAGACUCAACGAUGGCAGUCUCGCAAAGUGUUGGAGACCGAGGGUAGCGAGUGUGAACGUCAUGCUUCGGAGCGUGCGUCCGUGGACACUGACAGCGAGAGUGCAGGAGCUCCGGGGGAAACGCAUGUUGUACAGCAGGGAGAGGAGACUCGAGCACUGGUGAUCGAAACGUCCGAAGAGGUUCUGCACAGUCGGUCGGUUGUGGCCACGAUGCGAGAGGGUGUCGUUAAGGGAGGUCAGUGGACGUUCGUGCAACCUCCCGUUCUUGGUGACGAUGAAGACGAACAAGAACCCGCGGUGGAAGAUCGGGUUCAUGGUGAUGAGAAAGGCGGAGAACCCGUGGUAAAAGGCGGUGAGGUGACAGUCGGCAUCCAGACGGAUCCGCAACGGAAAGAUGGUGAUUCUUCGCCCACCCGUUGCGGUGAAGAACAGGGUGGUCGAGCGUUUGUCCUAAGCACCGCUCGGGGAAUGGUGCUUCAUGAAGCCAUAGAACUGGGUGACGACUCGGGUGUCACCGAGCUGGUUAGCGACUCAGGCAUGGCCGAGGUGCAGAACCUCGAAUUGUCCGUGGAAGGCGGUAAGGUGACCGUCAGCAUCAAGAUGGAUCCAGAGCGGAAAGAUCGUGAUUUUCCGUUCACCCGUUGCGGUGCAGAACAGGAUGAUCGAGCAUCUGUCCUCAGUACCGGUCGGGAAAUGGUGCUUCAUGAACCCAUCGACUUGCCAAGCGAUUCAGCUGCCACCGAGCUGGUUAGCGACACAGUCGUGGCCGAGGUGCAGAACCUCGAAUCGUCUGUGGACGUUGGUGCAGUAGCGUGACAGGAGGGCGAGUUCCUUGAAAGGGCUCCUGAGCACGGUGUGAGGUUGUCAAUGUCCCUGCCCAUGAAGCCUUUAAAAGCCGUGCGCG